CCUUGUGUGUCAUUUGUAAAAAUGAAAAGUUAGGCAAUAGCUCUCUAUAGCAGCAGUGCGGAAGACAGGCUUAUUGGGGUGCAGAGGGUUUGGCGGUGAGGAGGGGAGCACACAGUGACUGCUUUCAUGCAAGACUCUUUGGAUCAGGCCCUUCAGCCUCCUGUCUCCCCCUCAUCUCCUGCUAUACCCACAUACUCCUGGCCUUGGCAGGUGUAGUUCUGCCAAAAUGGCAGGUGUUCCCCCGGACAGGUGCUCCUCAUCUUUCAAGUCUUCAGUUCAAGUGCUUCUUCAGAGAUUUGGUUCAUGUCUCUCCCCAGGCCAACUUAGACUCCAUUUCCUCCACCCCGACCCGUGUCCCAACCACUACCUUAUGUGUCUAUGAGGAGCUUAUCUCACGUCGGGCUGUGAUCACGGCCGUCCAUCUGCUCCUACCCGCAGGCCGCUCUGUGGGGUCAGGGCCGGGGGUGUCCGUCUUCACAGCCUCAGCCUGGCCCAGGGCUUGGCACCUGCAGUGCAUGGUCCGUAGAUACUCGGUGCUCGAAUGAACGAAGUCCAUUUCACCACUGCUGCCUCAUCCUGUGGCCUCAGUGUUGCACGUAUUUCCCAUCUGUGGUUGGCUCCAGCUAACCUAUAACACUGUCUGUCUAGACACCUCGUCAGGACCCUGUCUUCCUGCCCUUCACCUCAGGAAUAUGUCUUGAAGGUAUGUAUUCCUUCCCUUUCAUUCGUACAGCCCUAAGCGGAACCCAGGACUGUCCUUCAGUCCUUCCAGUGAGUAGUGAAUUCCUCCUGUGUGGCUGGCACUGCUGGGCAUGGCCACCAGCAGGGAGCCCAGGAACCACGCUCCCUGCCUCUGUUGUUGCAGUCCACCCGCCACACCACUGCCAGGCUGCUUUUCACAAACUCACUAGCACUGCCCCAUGUGCCGGAUAAAAUCUGGUUGACGGGCAUAUGGUGCGCAAGGGUCUAACCACUCUGCCCCCUUGCCUUCCCAUUCUUUUUCUCACCAUCCUCCCACACGCUGUUCUCCUGACUUACUGAACUCUUUGCUGUUCCAGAAAUAUGCCAUACGGUUUUCCAGGCCCCUGGACAUGUUCCUUUUCACUGGAAUUAUCACCUGCCUUGUCCACAAGUCUGUGUCGCCUUUCAAGACAGAGCCAGAAUGUCUCUGCUGGAGUUCCUCUCCUCACAGGCCAAGCCAAUGGUUCAUUCCCUUGAGCUCCCACAGUGCGUGCACGAGAGAUUGACGUCCUCCAGUAAUAGACACCGAGAAGACAGCUGGUUAAAAUCCUUAUUUGUCCGGAAAGUUGAUCCAAGAAAAGAUGCUCACUCUAAUCUCCUAGCCAAAAAGGAAACAAGCAGUCUAUACAAAUUGCAGUUUCACAAUGUUAAACCGGAAUGCCUAGAAGCAUACAACAAAAUUUGUCAAGAGGUGUUGCCAAAGAUUCAUGAAGAUAAGCGUUACCCUUGUGCUUUGGUGGGGACUUGGAACACGUGGUAUGGCGAGCAGGAUCAAGCUGUCCACCUCUGGAGGUAUGAAGGAGGCUAUCCAGCCCUCACAGAGGUCAUGAAUAAACUCAGAGAAAAUCAGGAAUUUGUGGAAUUCCGCAAGGCAAGAAGCAACAUGCUUCUCUCAAGGAGGAAUCAGCUGCUCCUGGAGUUCAGUUUCUGGAACGAGCCUGUCCCACGGUCAGGACCUAAUAUAUAUGAACUCAGAUCUUACCAGCUCCGACCAGGAACUAUGAUUGAGUGGGGCAAUUACUGGGCUCGUGCAAUUCGCUUCAGACAGGACGGUAGUGAAGCAGUGGGAGGAUUCUUCUCUCAGAUCGGGCAACUCUAUAUGGUACAUCACCUUUGGGCUUACAAGGAUCUGCAGAGCAGGGAAGAUAUACGGAACGCAGCGUGGCAUAAACACGGCUGGGAAGAAUUGGUGUAUUAUACAGGAACUUGUGCUGAAAAUGAGCCUGUCCCUGUUGAAAAACAGCUUGUCCCUGUUAAGUGGGCAUCUGUGAGUGUACGUAAGCUCAUCAGCUUCUCCCUGGUCGUGGAGCCAAAGUGUUUUGAGGACUGGCUGUUUGUGUACCAGGGCAUGGUGUUUGGGGGGUUGGGGCAGCUGGCAGAAGAAAAGGCACUUUCAAGAAAGUCCAGGCUCUGCUCCUUGACGACGUACUUCCCGUCUUUGGUGUUCAGUUCCCUGAAUCCAUAAAAUGGGGAGGUGGAAUCCGAUGGCAUUUAACAUCCUUCAGCUCUGAAUUUUGUGACUUCUUAGUGCCACGGGAAGCAGUAGGAGAGAGAGGGUAUGGUAAGCUCCAGCAUAGAAAACCUGCAUUUUAGCAGUUGUACUGAUUGGAUGCUCAGGGCAUGUUCGCAGGGUGUGAAUGCAAGAACUAUUUAUAUGAAACUGCUUUCAAAACUAUAUAAGGAAAAUUACUGGUGAAUUACCUUUACUGGUGAUCUGGCUAUUCAGAACUGGGAAAAAACUGCUAGGAACAGAGAGAAUUUUCACUUACAAAUUGUGCGGACUUGAACUGAACCCUGCAGAAGUCCGGAAUUUUCUAUCAUUCACUGCGGUGUUAGGGUUCUCCAGAGAAGCAGAACCAAUAGGAUAUCUAUAUAGAUACGAUAUACAUAAGAAGAGGCAGGAAUCGGCUCAUGUGGCUAUGGAAGCCAAGAAGUCCCAGAAUCUGCCAUCUGCCAGCUAGAGAACCAAGAAACCCAAUGGUAUAAUUCUGUCCCAAGUGCAAAAACCUGAGAAUCAGGAGAGCUGAUGGUUUAACUCCCAGUCCAAGGUCAGAGGCCCAAGAACCGGGAGCUCCAGUGUCUGAGAGCAGAUGAACGUCCCAGCUCAAGCAGAGAGCGUUACGUUUGCCCUUCCUUUGCCUUGUUCCACUUGGGCCGCUAAUGGAUCGGCUUAUGCCCACCCACAUUGAUGAGGAUGGAUGUGCUGACUCAUUCUGUUGAAUCAAAUGCUAAUAUUCCAGGAACACCCCUCACAGGCACACCCAGAGAGAAUGUUUUAGCAGCUAUCUGGACAUCUCUUAGGCAGUCAAGGUGACCGAUAAAAAUUAACCAUCACAACUGAGCUCACAGUUGGUGGAUGAGUUCCAUGAGGCUCCCUAAAUUGCAUCAUCCACCCAACUCCCCAUCCCGGGGCCAUUCAGUACCCAGUGAGUACCGUGGUGUCCAGAUGCCAAACAGAAUACACAAGAAUGAUGUUUUCUUUUAGAAACUUUGCUUUUCUCUUUCUGUGUUGCUUUCUUAAAGGAGCUUUCUGUUCAGAAAAGCACAGAGCAACGAACUGACUGUAAAACGGAACUCUUUCAGAAUAUACCCUACUCCAGAAGAGGAAUUUCUGUCCUAAGUCACUGGAUUUCACAAAGCAGCCUGCCUCACGCUAGGCUUUAGUGUCCCUUCAAUUCAACAAAUACUGAGUUUCUAUUAUGUGCCAAGCAUCAGACACAUAACGUCAUGAACAAAACAUGAUCCCUACCUUUGUGAAGCUUACAGUCCAGCGAGAAGAGACUGGCAAUUAAUAUAUAAAAUACUGUAAGUUACACGAUAUGGCAGAAGUUGAUACAUGCUCUAGUGGGGGAAAGUAGAACAGGGUAAUGGAGAUCAGGAAGAAUCUAAGGGUGGGCUGGGAGAGUAUGCAGUAUUGUCAAGAGUUGGCCUCACUGAAAAGCUGAGCAAAAACUUGAAGAAGGUGACAAAGUUAGCCAGUGUUUGCAAGGGAAUCCCACCAUGCUGGGGGAGUGGCUACAAUGGAGCCCCUACGGCAGGGUCAUGCCUGGCCCACACCAGAGCAGUGGCGACCACUGGCUGAAAGAGAAGAGAGGGAGGACUUGGUGGGAGAAGCCACAGGUCAUGGGGCAGGAUCAGCAGAGUGUCGGGAGCUGUUGGAAGGACCCUGAUUUUUACUUUGUGAUGGGAUCCACUGGAAGGUGUUGAGCAGAUGAAGGCCAUGAUCUUACGUUUUAAAUGGUGGCUUGGACUAGGUGGUGGCAGUGGAAGUAGGGAGAAGGGGGAAAUUCUGAAUAUAUCUUGAUGGCGGAGCCAAGAUGAUUUCCUGAACGAAUGACUGCAGGCUGUGAAUGAAAGAAAAAAAUCAAGUGACCGAAGUCUUGGCUUCCACAGCUGGAAGGAUGGGGACGGCUAUGGGUGGAGCAGGUGCCACAGGUCUGGGGACGGGAAGACCAGCAACUCGUCCCGAGUCUGAGACGGUCCAUGCAGAUACCCAGGUGGAGAGAUCACGUAGGCACGUGUGAAUUCUGCAGCUCAGGAGAGCCGUCUCCCCGGAGAUCGGCAUUUGUGAAUUGUCCGUAUAUAGAAUCUAAAGUCUUAUGGGGAGUGAGU